AUAAAAUAAAAUAAAAUAAAUAAUAUAUUGUAUCAUAAUUAUCGUCAAAAGUGGCGACAGCCUUCCCUAUCUUGCGUUCCAUUCGACUCCACUCUUCGCUGCUGCUCCUCCUUCCCAUCAUCUUCUUCAUCUUCCUCCGAUCGGGAGAGCUUCUUGUUCGCCAGCCCUCGGAUCCAAUAUUUGGUCUCCCUUUCAUGGAACUCGGCUCCAUCUCCUCCGCCCCCCGAACCGUCGAGGAGAUCUUCAAGGACUACAGCGGCCGCCGCGCCGGCAUCGUCCGCGCCCUCACCCACGAUGUCGACGAGUUCUACGCCCAGUGCGAUCCCGAUAAGGAGAAUCUUUGCCUCUACGGACACUCCAACGACAUGUGGGAGGUGAAUUUGCCGGCGGAGGAGGUGCCGCCGGAGCUUCCGGAGCCGGCGCUUGGCAUCAACUUUGCGAGGGAUGUUAUGAGCCGAAGAGACUGGCUCUCGCUCAUUGCCAUGCACAGUGACUCGUGGCUCUUGUCCGUCGCGUUCUACCUUGGGGCACGCCUCAACCGGAAUGAGAGGAAACGCUUGUUUAGCAUGAUCAAUGAACUUCCAACUGUGUUUGAAGUUGUUUCAGAUAGAAGACGAUCAAAAGAAAAGUCUGGUCUGGACAUUGCAAAUAAAUUGAAAGUCUCAAACAAGCGAACUGGUGAUGGACAGAUAAAAAGCAACCCAAAGCCAGCUGAUGAGGGAUACGGUGAAGAUGAUGACGAUGAACAUAGCGAAACCCUUUGUGGAACUUGUGGCGGAAGCUACAAUGCAGAUGAAUUUUGGAUUGCCUGUGAUGUCUGCGAAAGAUGGUUCCAUGGAAAAUGUGUGAAGAUUACUCCCGCAAAAGCUGAGAGCAUAAAGCAGUACAAGUGCCCCAGUUGUAGUUCAAAGAAAGGCAGGCAAUAAGAACUUGGUGCCAGUAUCCCCCAAUGCAAAGGAAGUAAGCGGAGGCAUACUUUCUCGUUAACUGUUAUUUACCAAGUAGCUAUAGGGCAUAUCGAAAGUGCUUUCAUGUGAAACAGAAUCCUAAUGUUCAAAGAGUGAUUUAAGAAACCAUACGGCUCCUCUCCAAUAUUAGUUUAACAAGUCACAAAUGUGUUUAAUUGUUGAAUCUACUUCUGUAACUUCAUUGAAUUGUAUCAAUGGCAUGCUGCUCGUGCAACUUCAUGGAUUCA